GCGCACGGUGGCAUAUAAAUGAUGCUGACCCCCUUCUCUGCUACCGCAUCCUCACAAUCAUCUUUGUACUUCUUUGUGAACCAUAUUAAACUUAAUUAACUGAUUCAAUUCUCAGUAAAAUAAACCUGCAUCAUAUUUUUUCUAAGCAUGUCCCUCCAAGCGAAAGAAGGGAGAUAACCUGAACCUAACCUGCUGGAACUGAACCGAACCCUCUUACCCUCGGCGCUGCUCCCAACCGGCGGCUAUGGGCGGCUUUCAACUCCCGCUCAUCGCCGUGGUGCUAACGGUCUGCUCAGCUGUCGGAAACCCGGAGACACCCGCUCAUGAAGACGGUGCUCCGCCUUCACGAAUCGCUGUGGUUGGAGCAGGUAUAGGAGGCAGUGCGACGGCCCAUUUCCUGCGCCAACACUUCGGUCCGGAGGUGCAGGUGGACGUGUUCGAGAAGGGCGAGGUCGGAGGUCGACUGGCCACUGUAACCGUCAACCACAAUGAAUAUGAGUCUGGAGGAUCCAUUAUUCACUCCCUCAACCUGCACAUGCAGGAAUUUGUCAAACAGCUUGGUUUGAAAUACCGUCGAAAUGUGGCAGGAAAGACUGCCGUCUUUAAUGGUGAAGAGGUGAUUUUGGAGGAGACCGACUGGUACCUGUUGGAUCUGUUCCGGCUUUGGUGGCGCUAUGGGAUCAGCUUCAUACGGUUGCAGAUGUGGGUGGAGGAAAUCAUGGAGAAAUUUAUGAGGAUCUACAAGUACCAGGCUCACGGCUACGCCUUCAGCUCCGUGGAGGAACUCCUGGACUCUCUGGGAGGCAGCGGCUUCAUCAACAUGACCAGACGGCCGCUCUCCGACUCGCUGCUGGAGCUGGGCGUGUCGCAGCGCUUCAUAGAUGAGGUCAUAGCGCCCGUCAUGAGGGUCAACUACGGACAGAACGUCAGCAUCCCCGCCUUUGUAGGUGCUGUUUCUCUGGCUGGUGCCCAGAACAACCUGUGGGCGGUGGAAGGAGGAAACAAGCAGGUGUGUUCAGGACUCCUGAAGAUGGCUAACGCUAACUUACUGAAGGCUCAGGUCACAUCUAUCUCCCCGCUCCUCUCAGGGGAGGUGCUGCAGUACCAGCUGAACUUCACCGCAGCGUCAGGAGUCGGAUCGGAGCUGUACGACAUCAUAGUGUUGGCGACUCCGCUUCAGGCCAGCGUCGGUUCGGGACUCCAGUUCCAGGAUUUCGCCCCUCCCUUCGACGAGCUGCCCGGCAGCUAUCACGGCACCGUGGCAACAAUCGUUCACGGCUACCUCAACACGUCUUUCUUUGGUUUCCCGGACCCUCGCCUGUUCCCGUUCGCCAGCGUCCUCACGACCGAAACGCCCAGCCUGUUCUUCAACAGCGUGGCCAGCGUUUGUCCCGUCAACAUCUCAGCCGGCUUCCGGCGCAAGCAGCCGCAGGAAGCCGGCGUCUACAAGGUGUUUUCACCUCAAUCUCUGGACAAAUCGCAACUCAAAACACUUUUCAGGUCGUACUAUUCGGCCCAGGUGACGGAGUGGCAGGCCUACCCUCAGUACGGCAGCAGCCAGGGCCUGCCGCCUGUGGAGCUGCACCCCAACCUCUACUACCUCAACGGCAUCGAGUGGGCCGGCAGCGCCAUGGAGAUGAGCUCAGUGGCAGCCAAGAACAUCGCCCUGCUGGCGUACCACCGCUGGAGCAAACAGACGGACAUGGUGGACCAGAAAGAUCUCAUGCACCGGAUCAAAACGGAGCUAUGAUCCAGUCAACUCAAAGUGGAGAAAAGUCAGCUGUAAAAAUUUAUUUAAAAGGGAUUUUUUGGGGGAAUCUGUGAAUGUGUAUGUUGAUACAGCAGAAUAUGGUUUUGUUUAUCUUAACUUGCAAAUAUUUAGCCUUAGAAUCUUUUAUCAAAGGAUUUUAAGCUUCUUGUAGUGUCUUGACCACGUUUCUAUAAUAAAAUCUGCCUGUUGCUGUAAGUUAGUCAUAAAUCAACUUAAAUAAAAUGAGAACUUACGAAACUUUUUAAACAAAUAUAGAGCAAUGUUUUAGUUUUCCAGUUGGCUUUGCUUGUAAAAUAAUUAGAGGAGAAUUUAUGCAUGUUGCAGGACUUUAAUGGGAUGUUUUUUAUUUUUGUUAAUUUUCUUUCCACACAAAGAAGAAUGUCAAGCAGCCAGUUUAUAUUUUUGCCUUGAAGUAUCUGGACCGUUGCUUUGCUUUUUAGUUUUCAGAUGUGGUGAAUGUUCAUUACUUAAUGUAACUAUAAUAACUCUAAGGAUACAGUUACUGCAGUUUGUAAAUAAAUGAUUCAGCUUUGUUUUAUUUGCCAAAGAAAAACUCAGAGAAAUUAGAUACUUGUUCAAAUUCACUGGUCAGUCCUAAUAAAUUAGAGCAACUUUAGAAAUGUUCAAUAUUUUAAUUCAGAAAGUAAAGCUCUUGGGAUUUAUAGAUUGAUUAAACAUGUAACUAAAUAUAUUUCUGUUAACUUUAACAAAGUUAGCAUAUUUUUACAAGAACCAAUUAAAAAUUUUUUUAGCACAAAAUACUUUGAUGAGGUUCUCCCAGUCAAAACUAAAUGUGGAAACUUGGAUUCUGAUCCUCUCUUGUCUUCAUUGAGACCUUGGGACUUUGAUUUCCAACUAAAACGCAAAAUCUACUUUAAUCAAAGACGAGGACUUUGGAAAACUGAAUAAAAAGGGUUUAAAACAAGAAAGGAAACAGUUAUGUGUGUAACUGUACUGUGGAACAUAAUAAGUAUAUGGAAUUUUAAGUCCAUAUCCUUAAAAUUCAACUCUUGAAUAGCUUCAGCUUACAAUCCUCACAAGCGGCAGCUAAACCUUAUCUACCACAUUUUUUCCUUCCACUAAGCUUUCCAUUAAAAUGCUUCCAUACAGUACUCUGUGACCAGCCAGCUUCUUCUUUUAUGGAUUAUUAUGUCAGCCUCUGUAUACUGGAUAAAUUGGAAGUCAGAGUCUUUCCAGUGAUUACAUAACAUUUCUGUAUUAGAAGCAAUUUUAUUUUUUGCUUUAUGUAAUAUUUAAACUGUCUCAGAAACAGUUUUUUUUAUUGGCUGCAUCGAUUUAAUGAAUUAAAUAAACCCUUUUGAUAUAUUUCUGUGUGGUAAAUGAAUAAAUUACAUUCUGAAGCUGAAUUAGAAUAAUAAAUGAACUUUUCAAAGGGCUUUUAGUAAAUUAAAAUGUAAAUGUGAUGAUAGUUUCUUUCACCUGAUCACGAUGGGAUCUUGAUAAUGGAGUAAUCACAGCUAUGCAGUGACCACUGGUGCUAUGCUCUUUCCCGCCGCCCCUUUUUUUCUUCUUCUUUUUUUAAAUGAUUCCCCCUUCCUGUUUUUGUUGCGUAAUCCAGCGGAAAGAAUUUUUUUCAGGGCCUGGAGCCAGUCAGCUUUCACACUGGAUAGAAAACAAAGCCGAGCGCCGAUCUGCUGUUGCUGAUAAUUUACAUGACAUUUUCUUUCCACUCAAGCAUGAGAGCGACACUAAGCAAUUCCCUUCUCUAAAAAUGUAAAACUUUAAAGGAUGAUGUUGAUCUGUUUCUGGGUUUGACCUGUAAAUGUCGGUGAACGGAGAAUAAAACUCUUUUCUUGUCUUCUGA